AUGUCCAAGGUAGCGGAAAAGGGCAAAGCACGAGCAGGGAAGCUGCAUCCAAUACCCUCAAACCGGCACCUCGAUACACGCAUCAAAUUGACGGUUUUGAAGAGCGUAAUCGUACCGCCGCUAGAGUACGCCGGAGAAGUAUGGGAAGGAAAUAAGAAGGUAGUGAAAGAACUCGAGGCGGCGCAGAUGAAAGCAGCGAAAACCAUCCUAGGAUGCUCCAGGCGCACAAGUAAUGCAGCCGUGAGGGCAGAAUUGGGGAUCCAAUCCCUACGGUCGGGAAGAGACGCGAGGAAGCUGACAUGGCAGUAUCGCAUGUGCGGGAUGGGAGAGGAGAGGUUGCCGAGAAUUGUAUGGGAGGCGAAGUGGGCAAACAAAAAGAGGGGUAGACAACCCACGGAAUGGGUCAAGGUUGUAGAGGACGUAUGGAAGGGGCUCGACAUCGACGAAGAUGAAACGCUGGAAACGGAGGGUCUACAGGGGUUCAAGGAGAAGAUAUCUGUUGCUUGUGCCGAGAGAGAAGAACAGAAUCUGAGGAAACAAAUCAAGGAUAAGGAGGGUCUAGAAGUGUACGGAAUGUUGAAGGAAGGAAUAGGGUUCAAGGACUACCUACAUGGACCAAUGGAUGCAGGAACAAAGCUUAAGGUCAAAUUCAGGACCGGGGACAUAGGCCUUCGAGAACGUCGACGAAGACAUAGGACGGUAGACGAGGAAGACGACGAGUUCAAAUGUGAUUGCGGCUUCGAAUGCGAAGACCGUGUUCAUGUAGUCGCGGAAUGUCCGUUGUACAAGAAGGAGAGGGAAGUGUACGUGACUGAGCUGGGAAAAAUAGAUGGAACGUACAGGGAGAUGUUUGAGGCAUGGAAUAGAGAGGAAAGGACGGUAGCUGUAGUGGGGCAUAGAAGGUGGGUUGAAAAGGCGGGAAGAGAUAUCGUUAGGAUAGACAGACUAGGGAAGACAUUUUUGAGCCACCUUUGGCAAAGUAGAAAGGAACGAUUGGCCAUCGGUGAUCGGUCCUGUGGGAACAAUGCUCCGUCCUCUGGAGGAUGCGUGGUCAAUGGUCUAACCGCUAAGGCAUGCAAAACAUAAGAGUACGCCCCCA